UCUAAUUAUUCUAAUCUCUUAUUUAAAAUUUAAACAAUGUAAACUGAUAUAGUGUAAUUUUUCAACUACCUUGAAAUUAUUUACUUGGUAUAGCCUUACCAAUACUUAUCUAAGAAAUGUUUCCCAUAGAUGUACAGGUACAUUCAGAUUGACGAUUAUUAUACCAAGUCACGUAAGUGCACACAUGAUAUUUAUAGUUAGUUCAUUUUAUAGAAUCUUACUUUCUAAGAUUAUCUCGUGAAGUAAAGUAUGUAUUUAUUAAUUAUAAGUUGCCUUUUAUAAGAGUUGAUUUUUUGUUAAUUUUAGAAAAAAAAAUGUAAAAAAUCAAUUUUACAGGAUGUGGAACGGUUUGAACUUUAAAAGGCUGCACGUGCAGUCUAUUUCAAACUCGAACUUGAACUUAGUUAAAUUACAUAAUCUUAUUUUCACGAACGGUAAGCCAGGAAAUUGGUAAUUAUGGAUACGCGAGAAACUUUGUCUACUAUCUAUAUACAAUAACAAAAUCAAUUUCAAUAACACAAGUUAGUAUUUUCCAUUUAGAUUUCUGAUUGGUAUACUACGACUUCGUAAAAGUGUAGAUACGCUUCACUUGUACGAUAAGGUUCUCUGAUCCAUUCUCGUUUUAGAUCCAAUUUCGAAUUAAUUAUUGAAGUUCGAUCGAGACGAUUAUUCGCGAGCAUUUGUAUUCGUGGGAACUUUCGCGCUUUAUCUAUCGGCCAAUCAAAGUCGUAAUAUUCGAAACGAAAUAAAUUCGAAAAACCAGUUGCAUGUUCGAUAUCUUAAGAUCUGAAUACGUAGAAGAGAUUGAAAAAAAGAUGGAAAUGUAAAGAUUUAUUAAAGGAAAAAAAGCCAAGUACUUUUCAAUAUUAUUUAACCAAAUGGUAUUCAAUCAUUAAUCAAUUUAUAUAAGUUUCUUAUUAAUAUUCGAUUAUAAAUGAAGAUUUGUAAGUUGUGUUCAAUCGUAAAAUCUAUUAUCUUUUUUUCGUGUUUUAUCUCAUUUUAUUCUACAAUUAAUUUCAUGAAAUUCUAUUCUGAUGAAUGUUUCCCGUUAACAAUCGUCGACGCGCAAAACUAUAAGCAAUUAGUCGAGUAAGAAGAACGAACUAAGUUGAGGAACGCGGGUUAAUGAGGAUGCUUGCGUAUGUGAAGGUGGUAGGGCAAUAUUGAAGGCGCCAUUUACGUGGGAAGUGGGUAAAAGGGGAUGAACUCGAAUCGCGAGGGUUGGUUAGAAUUAUUAUCGCUAUCCAAACUGCCGGCGCCAGGCUGUCAGUUAACACAGGUCAAUGCAGAUGUACGUGUAUGUUAUAUGUAUGUACGUAGACAUUAAGAGUGGAACACGAGCACCUAGGUCUACCUCGCAUAUUCGUUAGUUCUUCCAGUCGUAUACGUAGGAACACGAAGUAAGAUCAACCGGCUUCUGAAAAGCUGAUUAAUAAGUAACAACGAAUAUCAAAUAGUAGGGUUUGGCAAUAAUAAAAGAAUGAUCUUCAAUUUUAUUUUCUGCAGAGAAUUUCUCGAUAAAUCUCAAUGAUAUUGAAAAUAAUAAGUUAAAAAGUCACGAAAGUGGAAACAAACAUAUCUCGAAGUUAGGAUCUUCCGUGGAUAACAUGAAUUUAGAUUUCAACAGCUAGUUCUACAAUAGCUACACGCAAAGCACGAGCGAAGUGAAAACGACGCUAGUCGUCGAAGUGAUCAUUCAACGAUAUCUUAACUUCGUGUGAAAAAUGACUAAUCGAUUUCUCAUGGAAGAUGGCAUGUUAAAUGAGACUUAACAGGAAAGUUCUCCGAUUGUACGGUUAUAAUUUAUUUUCAUCGCCUGCUAAAGAAUUCUCUUUUCUUAAUUCGUCACGCACGAAGUGUCAGGACUGAAUCUUUACGCUUGAAAGAGGACAAUAAGAUCUCAUUUUAUAUGAAAGUAAAUUUAUCACGGAAUGUCUUAGCUCAACAGACAAUGAUAACACUUUACGUUUUCAAGAUACUUCCACGGAUACCAAUAUUGUAAUCACUUUUUUGAAUAUCUUUGUGGAUUUUCUAAUUUUUCAAUAUCUAUCGAUAUCAUUUUUUCAAUGGAGGAAUCACGGACAACGAAAGCAAACGAGCACGCACUCACUAUAUCCGAUCCGGUAUCUGAUACUGGCACAAGUACGACAUCGACAUCAACAUCAGCAUCAUUUUCAAGCAAACAGCAAUAUGAUGCGAUUCCAAAGAAGUCGACUUAUUUGAGAGACAAAGAAAGGAUCAUUUAUCCAAGGAACACGAGAACCUUGCCGAAAAUAGUUGUAGCUGGUGGAACGCCAAUAGAUGAGGAAACUUGUAUGAUGUUGAGAACAUUGGUAUUUGGUAGCUGUGCUUGUCCACCGAAGGCAGAAUGGGCUAGAACUGGUUUGACGUUAAGACCGUACGGUCAGAAUUUAGCUUUUGGAUUAAGAGCACCCAGGAACACAACUAGAGGUCUUAUUACGGCCGUUCAAGCGAUCAUGUUGAAGAAUUUUUUAUUCAAAUGUAACAUACAGGACGGUCGUAUCGGUCCCGAUAUCUUGCUGAAGCCUUCAUAUGAUAGACAAGUGGAAGUCCUAUGCCUGGCGAUAUCUGAAAUAAUUUGGCGUUGCGCCGGUGGCUUCGUUGCACACAAUCAGAACAGCAGUUGUAUUGCGAGUAGCAACCUCGAUACAAAAAGUGUCAGCGUGCCAAAGGCGAUAGUGGCAUUACCACAAAAGAUACCCUAUCUGCAACAUAGCGUGCAGUAUUUUCAGGAUGGUUUGACGGAGACGUUGCAUCUAUUCGAGUUCAUCUCAAUAGAAGAUCUCCAAAUAUUCAUCAAAAGGUACUUAUACUUGUUUCAGGAUGAAGGAGGACCAGGAGCAAAGUUGUUGCUUUACAGUGCCGUUUUAUCCAGAGGUCUAGUGAAAGUUCAAAGCGACCUGGAAGAUCAGAAAGCUUCUAUACUAGGCGGAUGUCCUGAGGAGGGACCGAUCAGUGUUGUGGUCUUUAUGUUGACUGGGCGUGCGUCUCCUCAUCUUCAUAACGGAGUUAUUCAUAUUGGAGAUGAGAAUACAUAUGCUGUCCCACAAUGGGGUAUUCUCGUGAGAAGCGAAGUAGGUCUUCUAGUCCACGAGGGUGACGGUCAAACGAACAAGGUACCUGGUUCGCGACUGAAAACUCCCAGCUUACCGAUAUGGGUUACAUUAUGUCAUGGUCAUCAUGGUGUUCUUUUUAAUACGAACAAAGAAUUGCUAAGGAAUUAUCAUGCUGAAAGACGAUUCGAGGUGCAAUAUUUUGCUUGUGGUGGAAGCCAUGCCACAUUGACCGUGGAUACGAGGGCGAACGAGAGCGCAUCGGGUGUAGAAUCCACCAGCAAGGAAUCCGUCGACAUUGCUGCUACACCAUUGGAAAAACUUAUUCGUUCCAAAUGGCAGGAUGCACAAAUACAAUGGAACGGAGCACCAUUGAUGUAACAUCAUCAUUAAUAAGAAUGAAGUUAGUCUUGGUUUGAUUUUGAAGAAAGGAAGUCGUUCGUUUCUUUUGGUAUGAGGACAAUGCACCGAAAUCGUUGAUUUGGAAACGUCGAUAUAUCGUGGGAUAGGAAAAAGCAAAUCGUUCCAUUCCGGGGAUGACAAUUCGCGUCCCUCGUCGCUGAACCGUCUCGAAUCAUCCAUCCGUGAAAUCGACAGUGUACCUCUUUCGCAUCGUGAGAAAUAACCAUUUUCAUCGUCAUUGCGAUUUGCAAUUCAUUGCAAACGUUUGAGAAGGAAUAUGCAUCGAUCGAUUGUAUACACGUUUCGAUGAAAUAUUUUUACGAAAGAGCGAUAUCGACGAUACUUUUAUAGGUUUUUGGAAAACGAAACGACAACAUGGGAUCUAUUUCGUGACGCCAAAAUUGAGAUGUGAUAGAUGGAAAUUAUAAGAGAAGAAGAAAUCGUUUAAUUCUUCGCGGUAAAUUUAUUUUGUUAGAUCAUAUACUCAAUUAUGAGAACAGAAUAAUAAUGAUGACGUAGCAUUACAUUAGAAUAGCAUAACAAGUAUUACACUAAUUUCAGAGUUGUAAGAUUCAACGAAAUACGUGAUUAGGUAGUUUAUUUUACAACAGAUUACCUGUGAAUGUAAUGAUAGUCGGUAUUAUAACGAUACUAUUAUACUCUAUUAGUAUAUAAAUGUAGCGUGUAGUAUGUAAUAACAUAUUGUAACAUAGUAUUACCAACUGUAUUUAAUAGCAAUUUACGUGUAUUACCGUCGUAAUU